AUGUCUUCACGAUUGAUCACUGCUUUUGUUUCUAUCUUACCUCUGGCUUCUGCAUGGCUACCAGGACACCAUUCAAGCAUUGAGCUCUCAGCCUUUGGCGUUACGAAUCGCUCGAUUGCUGGUCGUCAGACUAUAGUGGUACCUGAUAAAAUUCGUGGUGUCAAUGUCGGCAGCUUGUUCAUCAUAGAACCUUGGAUGGUCGGUGAAUCCUGGAACAGGAUUGGAUGCUCAAAUCAACCUUCAGAAUUUGCGUGUGUCCAGCAGCUUGGUCAGGAGGCUGCUAAUUCCGCCUUCAGGCAGCAUUGGGACACUUGGAUCACACAGGGCGAGAUUCAACUCAUGAAAGAUUACGGCCUAAACACAAUCCGUAUCCCUAUCGGCUACUGGAUGGCCGAAGACCUCGUCCGUGGAGACGAACACUAUCCCAAAGGCGGCCUCCAAUUCCUCGACCGCUUCGUCGGCUGGGCAGCCGAUGCCGGUAUGUAUGUGAUCCUCGAUCUCCACGGCGGACCUGGGGUACAAGCCGCAAAUCAAGGCUUCACCGGAAACACCGUUAGCGAGCCUCAAUUCUUCAACAGCUACAACUUUGACCGUGCCUAUGGCUUCCUCGAAUUCAUGACUUCGCGCAUCCAUAACCCCAGCACCGCGCAGCAAUACCGCAGCGUCGGCAUGCUCCAAGUCAUGAACGAGCCAGAUCGCGGCUACGGCAACCUCGUCUCCGAAUUCUACCCCAACACCCUGCGCCGUAUCCGCGACCGCGAGACUCAACUCAACGUCGCCGAUGCCGCACGUCUGCACGUGCAAUUCAUGAAUACGAACUGGGGCGCGGGACGCCCUGCGCAGAAUCUGCCGGCGGACGAUAUGCUAUUCUUUGACUCGCACACGUACUUCUCCUUUGAGAACAGCAAGGAACAGAGCCAACAGAGCUAUCUCACGUCGUCGUGCGCCGCACAGCCGGGCAGUGAUGGAGACGCGCCUGUCGUUGUUGGCGAGUGGAGUGUUGGUAUCAACGCCAACGCUGGUGGGAAUGGCGAGUUUGAAGUCAAUAGUGAUAACAAUCUUGAGUUUUACAGACAGUACUACGGCCGUCAGGUCGGCAAUUUCGAGAAGCUCGCGGGCUGGAUCUUCUGGAGUUGGAAAACGGAGGCUGGCAACGACUUCAGAUGGUCAUACAAGACGGCCGUGGAGAGGGGGAUAUUUGACAAGGAUCCAGGCAAUGCUGCUGCAAACUAUGGAUGUUGA